CUGUAAGUGGCAAAACGCAAAAGUGAGACAGGAUAAUUUAAAGUGCAUUUGAGAAAAAGGAUUUUGUUCCCAUUCGGAUCCUGUAGAGGCUACAGGCAGAAGCAGUGGCUCAGCCCUCAGACGACAGCGCCCUCGUUUGUAUGCAUCGGCUUCAGAGGAUGAGCUCCACCGCCACAGGGCUGAAAACCGUGGAUUACGAGAUCUUCGGAAUUGUACAGGGUGUCUUUUUCCGAAAGUACACGGUGGACCAGGCCCAAAAACUAGGCCUGGUUGGCUGGGUGAAGAAUACGACAGAAGGCACGGUGACCGGUCAAGUGCAGGGUUCAGCUGAUAAAAUAGACAGCAUGAUGGAUUGGCUGAAGUCCUCGGGCAGCCCAAAGUGUCGGAUUGACCAAGCCCAUUUCUCCAACGUGAAAAACGUCUCUAACCUGGAGUUUAACGAUUUUACAAUCAGACACUAAACCUGAGGCGCCGCAAGAUCCGACGCUCGUCGCGAUCGCUGACUUCACUGCUCUUGUCAUCCAGCUGGGAGGAGAGGGUGAAUAUGAGUGAUUGGGGAAGGAAAGAGGAAUAUGUGUUGGUUGCUCUCCGUAGAGUUGCCCUGUAAUUUUCAUAUCAAAUCUAAACCUCCCAUCUUUCGUCGAUUCACGUCGAGUGUUCACUGUUUUUUUUGCAACACUGUCGAUUUUUCAAGAUGGCUUCCCAGUGAGAGAUGUUGCUGGGUGAAGAUCCGUUCUUUGCCUCCGGGAAAAUCUGGCCAAAUUUUUCUCUGUUCGUGCACUCUACCCAAAGUUUUAUUAGUGACUGAGGCACAAUCAAAUCUGAAUUCAUGCAAAGAAAAUUACUUGAUGAUAUUUGUUUUCUUGCUGUUAGAAGCGGCCCCAUUCUUGUUGGCCACUGGGUUACUUUAAUGGAGGGCUUAGAGGAUUUCACGGCUGUGGAGUCGAUACCCAAAGCACCCAACUCCGACUCGUUGAUUUCUUGUGUAUCCAACCCUGACCCCGACCCCUAAGAUCGCCGCAGCCCUGUAAAAUAAAGGAGUAUCCCUUAUUUGAGCAGAUUUGCAAUUGGUAAUAUGGGGGCGCUUUGAAGAAAAAUGACCACAUCCUUGAAUUAUUUUGUUCAAAGUGCUUAAAUCUGGACUACAUUAAACCAGAACCUUAACCAUAA